AUGGAAUCCAGCGGUGAAGUUGCAGCAAUGUGUGAAGAUGGAAUCAAGUUUUUAUACUCGAAAGGCCGCAUGCCACAAGAGACUUUCGAUAAAAUGAAGGCAACUUAUGGGGAGGAUGUUCCAUCAUAUGACAUUAAACAUUGCCAUAGUCAUUUCAGGUGUGGUCGGAGAUCUGUAGAAAUGGCUCCUAUCUCAGGGAUAACCCAGCCUGCCAUUGAUGAGGACACCAUCCAUCCAGUGGAAACUGCUAUUCUGGAAGAUCACCGUAGUACUGUUCGUCAUCUAGCCCAAUAUGUCAAGAUUAGUGUUAGGUCUGUGGACAAAAUCAUUCAUGAUCAUCUGCAUAUACAAAAACCUGCUCGAUGGGUUCCCAGACCACUCACACCUUUCCAGAAGCAGGGACGAGUCUAUUGUUCCAAGGCUCUUUUAGUCAUGUGCCAAGAAAACCAAGAGGACUUUCUUAAUAGACUAAUUAUGCAGGAUGAAAUUUGGAUGGAGAGACACCGAUUUCUGAAGUCACUUCGUGGCAUCAAACGCAACCUGCGGACUUCUACAAGCAGGGAGUCCACUGUUGCAUAA